GCCGACCCCAGGUGCCACCAGGCUGUGGCCGCGGGGCGGAGGUGGCGCGGCGAGGGCUGAGGGGAGCCAUAAAAAGUGGCGGGCCGACUCCGCUGUGGCAGCGGCGGGGCGAUGGUCCGGCGGCGGCCGUGAGGCGGCCCCGGCAGGGGGGAACCAUGAAGGGUAACAGCAGCGCGCUGCUCAACGCCUCGCAGCAGGCGCCGGGCGGCGGGGACGGGGCGCCGCCGCGCGCCUCCUGGCUGGCCUCCACGCUCGCCUUCAUCCUCAUCUUCACCAUCGUGGUGGACAUCCUGGGCAACCUGCUGGUCAUCCUGUCUGUGUAUCGCAACAAGAAGCUCAGGAACGCAGGAAAUAUAUUUGUGGUGAGCCUAGCAGUUGCAGACCUAGUGGUGGCUGUUUAUCCAUACCCCUUGGUGCUGAUAUCUAUAUUUAAUAACGGAUGGAACCUGGGAUAUCUACACUGCCAAAUUAGUGGCUUCCUGAUGGGCUUGAGUGUCAUUGGAUCAAUAUUCAAUAUCACUGGGAUUGCCAUUAACCGCUACUGCUACAUCUGCCACAGUCUCAAGUAUGACAAGCUGUACAGUAACAAGAAUUCCCUCUGCUAUGUGUUCCUGAUAUGGAUGUUGACGCUUGUGGCAGUCAUGCCCAACCUGCAUACUGGAACCCUGCAAUACGAUCCAAGGGUCUAUUCCUGUACCUUCUCACAAUCUGUCAGUUCAGCGUACACGAUAGCUGUGGUGGUUUUCCAUUUCAUCAUUCCAAUGCUCAUUGUCAUCUUCUGUUACUUGAGAAUUUGGAUCCUCGUGCUUCAGGUCAGACGGAGAGUGAAGCCUGACAACAAACCCAAACUGAAACCACAGGACUUCAGGAAUUUCAUCACCAUGUUUGUGGUCUUUGUACUUUUUGCCAUUUGCUGGGCUCCUCUAAACUUCAUUGGUCUUGCAGUGGCCUCAGACCCUGUCAGCAUGGUACCCAGAAUCCCAGAGUGGCUGUUUGUGGCUAGUUAUUACAUGGCAUAUUUCAACAGCUGUCUCAAUGCAAUCAUAUAUGGACUACUGAACCAGAAUUUCCGGGAGGAAUAUAGAAGAAUUAUAAUCUCAAUGUGUACAGCAAGGAUGUUCUUUGUGGACAGUUCUAAUGAUGUAGUAGAUAGGAUUAAAUGCAAACCCUCUCCAUUAGUGACCAACAAUAAUUUAAUGAAAGUGGACUCUGUUUAAGAUUGUAAAGCAUUAUUGGCAAACUUCAUGUUGGCUUUUCUCUUGAUAUGUGUCUAGAAAAUCAGUGCUUGAGGAGAUUCUAUGCUCUUUAAGGGUUGCCUCUGUGGUUUCUGAGCUAAUGUAUGAUGAGUUUGUGAACAAGUAAUUCUACUUAUUGAGAGAAGUGCAGAACAUAUAGAAAUGUAUAUGUUAAUUAGACAUGUGUCAGGGACAAGGGGUUAAAGUAAAAUGCUGAAAGCAUUCAACUGUUGUUUAUGAGUGUCAAGGUUUUCUUUUACAGUAAAUGAAUGCCACAGGAGUAACAGUUGCAUCCUUCCCACACACUUUUCGAAGAUUUCUAGUAGGAAAAUAAAUAGAAAAUUUUAUUUAUAAAUGAGCAAAUGGAACAAAAAGGGAAGAGAGAUGAGUGACUUAUCACAUAGUUCAAGGCUGAAAAUAAAUCAGUAUAUGACAACAACAGGAACAACCACAGCCACAACCAGUAACUUUCCAAUUUGCAGUAUUAGCAUUGGGUAGUAGGUAUAUCAUAAUCAUGAGUGUUUACUGUUCAGUGUUAUGUACUGCACAUUCAAUCUGAUAAAGAACUAAAUGCACAACAGAGCUUUAUUCAGAUAUCAAUUACCAUAAUUUCUUAAAGCAAUAGCCAAUAGUUAUGUAUAAAAUUUUAUAUGACUUUAUUAGGUACUUAGCUCAAUAUUAUUUUAUAUCACUGAUCAGCUCUGUUGAAUUGAUGCCCACUGACUCAUUACAUUUUCUAACCAAUUCAUUUAAAUAUGACAAAGGGGGUGGAUGUUUCACUAGGCAGUUAAGAUACCACUUGGAAUGCCAGCAUCCCUCAUUAGAGAGCCUGGUAGGAGUCCUGGCUCCUUUGCUUCCAAUUCAGCUGAAUGCUAAUGCAAACCCUGGGAGGCAGCAGUUGAUGGCUCAAGUUCUUGGGUAUUUACCACACACAUAGUAAACCUAGAUUGAGUUCUGGGUUCCUGUCUUUAGCCCUACUCUGCCCUGGAUAUUGCAGGCAUUUGUGGAGUGAAUCAACAGAUGGGAACUAUCUCACUAUCUCUCUCUUUUAAAUUAAAUGAAAGCAAUAUAAAUAAAUGUUUUAAAUGACAAAGUAUUAAGGAGGUAUAUGCUUUUGGUUAUAGUGCUAAAUGUAUUCUAGAUUGAUUUUCUUUUUUUUAAAGAUUUAUUUUAUUUGAAAAAGUUACAGGGAGAGGUAGAGACAGAGAGAGAGGUCCUCCAUCCACUGGUUCACUCCCCAGAUGGCCACAACAGCCAGAGCUGAGCUGAUCUGAAGCCAGGAGUCAGGAGCUUCUUCCAGGUCUCCCAUACAGGUGCAGGGGCCCAAGGACUUGGCCCAUCUUUCUACUGCUUUCCCAGGCCACAGCGGAGAGCUGAAUCAGAAGAGGAGCAGCUGGGACUAGAACUGGCACCCAUAUAGAAUGCCGGUGCUUCAGGCCAGGGCUUUAAUCUGCUGCGGCACAGUGCUGAUCCCUCUAGAUUGAUUUUCUAGUUGAUCAAGUAAAUCCAAGCCAGUAUUUUGUCUUUUAUAGCUAUCUUAGUAUAAUAUUCUUCAAUAAUUCAUUUCGGUAUUUGAUUGCCUCAAUAGCAUUGAAGAUCUAGGAGAAGAAAAUAACAAAUGGCAAAACUAUGGUUUCAUAUAUUUUGGCUAUAACUUAUCUCCAUGGCUAUUUGGGACAAGAGUAAGAGGUGUUACACGAAGUGCUUUGUUGCAAGGUACAACCAUGUUUCCUUGUAUUUUAAAGAAACAAACGGGACUGUCACAUACCACAAAAAGUUGAUGACUUGUGAUUAUAUGAUGGGACUUCAAAUGUUCUUGGAAAAAUAGAAUUUGAAAAUAAGUUGACUUGGGUGCAAAAAUUUUUUGAAAUCCAUGCAAUUUUUUUUCACAAUUUGAAUUUCUAUGAUCUUUUUGUAGUAUCAUAUAUAUAUAAGGCAAAAAGUAUCUGGAUAUUUUUAUAAGAUUAAUCUUCUGAUUCUUUUCAUAAGCAUAUUUGGGAAAUAUGAUGAUGAUUGCCAUUGGUGAGGGUGUAUGUGUGUGUGUGUGUGUGUCUAAGGUAUCUCUAAAACUUUACCUCAUAAGUCUUAUAUGUGUACAAAUUCUAGUUUCUUAUAAAAUCAAUUUUAAACGAUAAAAAUAGUACUUAAGCUAUGUUCCAAAUUUCAGAUGACUCAAAGAUUAUCUGAAUAUGAUAAUCAUGUUCAAUAGAAUUAAAGAUUAUCUGAAUAUGAUAAUCGUGUUCAAUAGAAUUCUUUUUAAAAUUGGUGUUAUACUCUUCAUGAUGCUUGUGCUAGA